AAUCGAAACAUGAUAUUCAGAAACUACGACAAAAAAAAAAAGCAGAAUCCAAACGGAUUUCUAGACUGGUAUGAAUGACAAAUAGUAUGUUAAAAGGAACAUAUGAAUGAUGCUGUUUUAUUUAAUGUGUGUACACUUGGUUUUGGUGCAUGCUUCUAAGGUUGACGUUCGCAAAAGUAAAGAUUUACAUGUAGAAUUAUCACACCCACCUACGCUUCCCAACUCCCAUAUUGUUGCUCAAAGAGGCCAAAUUAUAUAUUUGUCAUGCAAAGUUAAUUAUCAAGAUAAUGUAAAUAUAACAUGGCAACAUAAUCAUCGCAAUAUUACACACCCUCCUCCAUACAGAUUACCAUGGAAAUUUGGCAGUAUUUUGAUGGUGAGACCAUUAUUAAAAAAAAUGGAUGGCUUGUAUGAAUGCAUUGUUAGAAGGAAGGAUCAGGUGGUUCGAAAAGGUGUUUUUGUUAAUAUUAAAAAAGAAAGCGAGCUUCCUGCUGGUUUCCCUAUCAUUGUGACACAUCCUCAGGAUGUACAGGAGCCCCGACCAGCCGUUCAUUUUAACUGUGUCGUAAUCGGUCAGCAACCAUUAACAAUAACUUGGUAUCAUGAACGUGUUCCUAUUUCUUCAAAUUCUGUUUACAGAAUUUCCAUGAUUCCAUCUAAGAAAAAAGUUACAUCAAAUUUAGAGAUUGAAAAUGUUUCUUUGGCUGAGAAAGGUUUUUACCAGUGUGUUGCAACUAAUCAAUUUGGACAAGUAGUUUCAAAACAAGCAAAUGUCUUGUUUUCACAACACGGUGCAAAAAGACGAUAUCGAAGACAGCUUUCCGAUGAUUCCCAUGAUGAUGGUGUUAAGACAGGUUGUGUGGGUGCUGAUAACAAUCCUGAUGGAUACCCUGGCCAAAUUCCUGAGAAAAAGAUCACAUUUCACUGUGAAAGAUCUCAGCAGCAUGGUGGCUAUUUUUUCAUGAUCUCCUGGGGUCUACCAAGUGCUGCUGCAAAUAAAACAGUUGAUUCUUAUCAAUUAGCAUUUAAUGAUGGAUCAAGCAACAAUAUGUGUUUUCAAGUAAAAAAAAAUCAGUUUUUUUUUACAAAGAAGAGAGUUUUUGUAGAAGGUCAAAUUUAUGAUUUAGCGAUUAUUCCUCGACCCACACCAUUUGCGCUUUCAACAAAGAUGAUCCGCAUUGGCAAAUGUCCUCCUGAUCCAACCUAUCCUCCUGUAACCACCUCAAACGAAGUACACACAUCUAUUACUUCUAUACCACUAACUGAGAAUGAACAGAAGAAGACAAAUAAAUGGUGGAUUAUUAUUAUAGGCAUUUUCGCUGGUGCCAGUCUCAUCAUUAUUGCUGUGGUGAUUAGUUUAAAGAAACGAAAACCAGACCUUGAGAUUCAAAUAAUCGAGAGUGUGAUGGAUGUCUAUGUUUCGCACUGCACAUUAGACAACAAAGAAGAGGAGAAAAUUCUUCAACUGGCUAGCUUAAUAUCAUCGUAUGGUGUAUCUGUGUGUAUUGAUUUGUGCAGUCAAGUUGAAAUCAACCAAAUGGGUGGUUUACCGCACUGGGUGCCGGAUAAAAUGGCUAAUGUAAAAAAGAUUCUUCUCAUUCUAUCGCCGUGCUAUCUGCAGGCUCUGCAAUGCACGGAUAAACUGGUUGAACAACAACCCGACCAAAUUUGCAAGGUAAAUACGGAGUUUAGUUUCAUCAAAACGAUGUUGUUUCAUCAUUCGUGCCAACGUACACCAGAACUAGUCGUUUUGUUGGAUGGUGUAAAGCAGAAGGCGAUUCCUGAUUUGUGUAAAGGACGAACACUGUGUCAAUAUCCUAAAACUCUUCGCGCGAACGACGAUAAUUUGUGUAAGCUGUUAGGAUUGUUGUUAGACACCGAGAGAUAUCAAAUUGCAAACGAGACUGUGGUAGCCUCAGUGUAGGAUUUUCGUAUUUUGUUUUCUUAUAUACUCGUCAGGUUUAAAUUUUUACUUUUUAAGGCUUGUGUUGGAAUUGUUCUUCAAUUUAUAAAUUUUUGAUAAGCCACUUUAGGUUGCUCUGUUUCCUACUGGACAAAGUUGAAAAACAGCUGCAAAAUGAAAUUCGACAUCUUUUGCUGCUUGUUUACUUUUCGCUGUGCUCUAAUACUGUCAAGUGUUUUUAAAUUGUUUGGGAAAAACAUUUUGUUCGCCACCCUGAUGUGAGUGCGCUUGCUUUAAACACUGCAAAUGGUAAUUUAUUUACGCUGUCUGUCCAUUUGAAUGCAUCUUCCCUUUCAACUGUUAUGUAUUUCAUGCAUAGCUGUUCACUUGUAACUACUCUUUUGCCAUGGGUGGUUAGCACUUCUGUAUAUUAUGUUUUAGAUUUUCUGUUUCACAUUUGUGAAAUUUAAGGAGAUGUUUUAUGGAGAUAUUUUAUGGAUUUAUUUUAUGUAGUUAUUUUGAUAUGUUUUUGCAGUUCUCCUGUUUGGUGUUGGUUUUUGUUUUUAAAUUGUAUUGAUUGUUUUGCGUCCUUAUUCUUAUUAUUCUUUCUUAUUAUUUGUUUUGUCUUCAUUGUGUAUGUUUUUGUGAUAGUCUUCGUUUUAGAAUGACUUGCAAAUACUGAUUUUCACAAAUACUCAUAAAUUACACCUAAAAAUAAACAUAUUCGGUAAUUUAUAGUUUUUUGUAAAAUGUAUUCUGUAAUUUACAUUUCAUUAUUCUGUUCAGUUAGCUACAUUUUUCUGAAGAUGCAUCGUUUUUAAUUGGCCCUUUAUUCUCCUUUUGUUUAAAUUACAUAACUACAGAAUUAUAAAUAUUUGUAUAUGUAUUUUUGCUAAAAGCGAGAGACAGGAAGGAAGCUGGGUUUCAUCUUCAGUUCUCAGCAUUCAUAUAUUUUAUGUUUAUGUAUAGUUGUAGUGAAAAUCAAGUUAUUUCAUUACGUUAUUUAGCUGAACUGAUUUUAUAUGAUAUAUUAAUUUUGCCUGUUGAUUUAAAUUUUUAUGAAGAUUUUUAAGUAAAUUUUAUAUAGAUCUAUAUUAUCGUGAUUUUUUUAUAAAGUUUUGCGUAUAUCCAUGCUUUUUUAUCAAGCAAUAUUUUUUUCUUUUUCUUAUGCUGUUACAUUGAUAAGAACAACAAUGAAAAGAAACAUUAGGAACAGAGGUUGCCAAAAAAAAUGUAUGCUAUGAUCGUAUAUAUAAAAAAUAUAUUGAUUUCGAAAUAGAGAACUUUUAGUUAAA